CUCCGGCUGGAACUGUGUUUCUUACUGCUGCACAGCAAGGCCCUGCCACCCACCUUCAGGCUAUGCAGCCAUGUUCCGGACGCCCUGAUCGCACAGAAGCCCAUGGGGAGCCCCAGACUGAUAGCCCUGCUCCUGCCUCUCCUCCUGCUACUCUGUGGUUUCUCUGCCUCUGCUAGGAUUGGCUGUGCCCACCUGCCCCACUGGAGCACCCACUGUUUGCUGGCCUCCCACAUGGAUGACAGUUUCACUGGAAGUUUUGCCCAUAUUCCUUGCUGUGCCUGGUUGGCUCUCCUCUCCACAAAGCCUUGGUAUGGUCGGCUCUGGCUCUGUUCCCGCUGUUUGUGCCUGCAUCUGUUAUCAGAUUCCUCAGGCCUUCAGCGGGGCUGCUUCCACCUGCUGGUGCAGAAAUCCAAGUAUUCCAAGUUCAAGUUCUGUAGGAGACACAAGAGUCCAUUUGCUCAGAGGAAGCUGUUGGGUAGCUGUUUCCUGUCUGAGAAGAGCCAUCACAUUUCCAUCCCCUCCCCAGACAUCUCCCGCAAGGGACUGCGCUCCAAAAGGACCCAACCUUCAGAUGCAGAGGCAGUGGAAAGUCUACCCAGACUGGACUCACAAAGGCACGGAAGGCCCGAGUUCGCCUUUGAUUUGCUGCCUGAGGCACGGGCUAUUCGGGUGACCAUUUUUCCAGGUCCUGAGGUCAGCGUGCGUCUUUGUCACCAGUGGGCACUGGAGUGUGAACAGUUGAGCAGUCCCUUUGAUGCCCAGAAAAUUGUGUCUGGGGGCCACACCACAGAGCUGCCUUAUGAAUUCCUUCUGCCCUGUCUGUGCAUAGAGACAUCCUACCUGCAAGAGGACACUGUGAGGCGCAAAAAAUGUCCCUUCCAGAGCUGGCCUGAAGCCUAUGGCUUGGACUUCUGGAAGUCAGUGCACUUCACUGACUACAGCCAGCACGAUCAGAUGGUCAUGGCCCUGACACUUCGCUGCCCACUGAAACUGGAGGCCUCCCUCUGCCAGAGGCAGGACUGGCACACCCUCUGCGAAGACCUCCCCAAUGCUACAGCUCGAGAGUCAGAGGGAUGGUAUGUUUUGGAGAAGGUAGACUUGCACCCCCAGCUCUGCUUCAAGUUCUCUUUUGGAAACAGCAGCCACGUUGAAUGCCCCCACCAGACUGGGUCUCUCACAUCCUGGAAUGUGAGCAUGGAUACCCAAGCCCAGCAGCUGAUCCUUCACUUCUCCUCGAGGAUGCCUGCCACCUUCAGUGCCGCCUGGAGCCACCCAGGCUUGGGGCAGGACACCUUAGUGCCCCCUGUGUACAGUGUCAGCCAGACCCAGGGCUCAAGCCUAGUGACACUAGACCUCAUCAUUCCUUUCCUGAGGCCAGGGGGUUGUGUCCUGGUAUGGAGGUCAGAUGUUCAGUUUGCCUGGAAGCACCUCUUAUGUCCAGAUGUCUCUCAUAGACGUCUGGGGCUCUUGAUCCUGGCAUUGCUGGCCCUCACCACCCUACUGGGCGUUCUUCUGGUCUUCACCCUCCGACGCCCACUAUCGGGCCCGGGCCGAGCGCGGCCGGUGCUGCUCCUCUGCGCCAAGGGCGACAUCCCCCCGCCGCUGCGCGCCCUGCCGCGCUACCGCCUGCUGCGCGACCUGCCGCGCCUCCUGCGGGCGCUGGACACGCGGCCUCCUGCCGAAGCCACGAGCUGGGGCCGCCUAGAGGCGAGGCUGCGCCUGCGGAGCCGCCUGGAGCUGUGCCGCCGGCUGGAACUCGAGGCCGUCGAACUGUCCCAUGAAGGCUGA